UCUGCUUUUUCUUUUUCGUUUCCCACCUGUACGUCUCUCUCUCUCCCACCAUCCGAAAACUCUCCCACCUCUUCUCUCCUGGAAUUCAUCUACUUAGGGCGUGAUUCCGGACAAAGUCCAAGAAUUAAAGUUUCUAUACGGAGUGCGGGCUUCCUAUCCAUCCAAGAAAAAUCAUGAUCGGACCACGUAGGAACUUGGUUGACUUGGUCAAACGGUCGGGUUCUGCUCAAAACUCAUGAGGUACAAAGCAAAGGAGGUUGGCAUGGAGUGCUUAUUGUGCAUGUUUGAACAUAUCUUUUAAAGGUAUUCAAGAGGAAUUUCCAUGCAUUUGAUUCGAAAGAAGUAUUUUGGAAAGAUGUUUGUAGUAAACUGUAAUAUUAUUUUCUUUGGAUAUUGGUAUUUUGAUGACUUGGGCUGUCGAGCCAGAAGUGUAAUAUUUGAAUUUUAUUUGAGAACAGACGAAGGGAAGAUCUUUUGUGCAUUAACCGUAUCACUGCGAGGACUUUAUUUAUCGAAAGAGUAUUCAUUAUUUAUGUUGAAAAUUGAGGGCGUGACAGUUGGAUAUUGAUUCUACGUCCAAUUCGUUGGCAAAAAAUUGAGCAACGAAUUGAUCAAAUCUUUACCCAUAUCCGAAUAAAACUGAUUUUUUUACAAAGACCCUUAAUAAAAUGUAUUAAAAAAAAUUAAAUUGUCCGACUAUUUGUGUGAGACUCCGAAACGGGUCUCAAAAACGUGGUGUCCUAUAACUACUACUCCUACUAUUUUAUCUUCUAUUACUCAUAAUUAAGAACAUUAUAGGUACUGACAGUCACGCGAAGCCCACUAUAGUUCCCAUACGGGCUACACGAAAAAUGAGUCGUUCAAUAAUAUUAAAUAUGGAUAAUUACUCUUCCAUUUAAAAUAGUGGAUUCCGCGUAGCCGGUAUGGGGACCGUCGGACCCUUUAGCUUUUUCUGCAUAAUUAGAUAUGGAUAAGUACUCUUUCAUUUUAAAUCUUCCAAAGGAGGUACUAGUAAUUCCCAUUUGUUGUCCUCUGCAAAUCUAGGGUUUCGGAUCAGAGUUGACGGAGAAGACAACAUGAGAGGAACAAAGAGAAGUGCUGCUCCGAACACCGCCGCCGUCUCCGUCGCAACCAUUUCAGACGUCCCAAAUCCCAUCGUAUGCGACAUUCUAUCUCGACUCCCUCUCAACUCCAUCUUCACCUGCAAGCAAGUUUCCAAGGCUUGGCGCGACCUCAUUCUCGACCCCCACUUCGAAAGAUUGCACCUCUCAAGGUCUCCUCUCAGCCUCUUCUUCUUCCGCAACGGUGAUAUCAAUAAUAUUUAUAAAAGUAACUCCGCCUCCUCUCACUUUGAAAUCUUCCAACUCCACGAUCCCCCCAUUUUAGAGCACUACAGAGCCACCAUGAAAUUCAAAACUGAGGUCUACUUUUCUGGAAUGCAUAUUGCGGCCUCGUGUAAUGGGUUAAUUUUGUUGUCAAAUUGCUCGCUUUUUGGUGAUGACCGUGUUAUUGUGUGUAACCCACUUAGGGCACAACAUUUUAUUCUUCCUAAACCUCCUAAAAUUGAUAAGAAUCUUCCUACUUCAGGAUUUGGGUUCGGGCAUAGUCCGGUUACUGAUCAGUACAAGGUGUUAAGAUUUUAUCGUACUUUUUGUCCAUCUAUAUUGGGCUUUGACAUUUUUACUAGUACUUCUCGUCCAUCUAUAUUGGGCUUUGACAUUUAUACAAUUGGGAUUGACGAUAAGUGGAGGAGCAUUGGAUACCCCGAACAGCCACCCCCUGUUUAUACGUCGCAAUUGGUUUUUCUGAAUGGGGCUUUUCACUGGAUAGGCUUUGAGAAUGAGAAUUCAUGGUUCAUUUGCUAUUUCGAUAUCGAGAAAGAGAAAUUCGGAAGCUUCCCCUUGCCAUCUCACAUUGGAAUUUCUUUUCCGUAUCUUGGCGUUGUAGAUAAUUGGUUGUACAUUCAGGAAGACUGUCCGUUAUAUGUACAGAAACUUUGGGUGAUGAAAGAUUAUGGAGAUUUUUGGUCCUGGACUUUGGAAUGUGUCAUUGAGGGAGCAAGGCUUGGAACUGCCAAGCCACUGAAAAUGUUGAAAGAUGGAACUCUGUUGAUGAUGUUCAACAAAAGUUCUGAAAAUGAUUCCAUCAAGAUUACUCUAGCUUCGUACAAUCCACAAACAAGAGUGCUGAAGAAGAUUAACCAUUGCGGUAAUUCACUCCGGGGUGCUUCAGUUGCUGAUGUACCACGCUUCUUCUCACCAAUGGAUGCUUUGAAGUUAAAAUGUUAAAUCUUUGAGUUAAGAUGUGAAGAUCCUGAGAUGUGGGAACCUUUUUGGCUGAAAACCAAAUAACCAGAUCUAGUUAGUUAAAUGUUAGCUUUGGGAAGUGAAAGUUGCCUUUUUGGUAUAGCUGUGAAGGAUCUCUCUGAAAUGUUGAAGCUAAGGUGGACUUGUCGCAUUUCCUAUGUUCAGCAUAUUUUUUGCUUGCUCACAAUUGUAGCUUGAACUUCAAUAGUUUUGGACUUUUGGGGGUGUUAAAGAGGUAGAUA